GGUUUAGGUAUGCUCAGACGUGCUCCGAGCUAAAAUUUUCAAUACCAGCAUUAAUUGAUAUUGAACGUAACAGACGUUCUGGACAUUUUCAAGGCUAAAAAGUCGUAACUACUAGCACCAUUAUAUGAAAAAUGUCUGUGGAGGAGUUGAAGAUACGGGAGGAGCUAGAACUGGACGUGGAGAAAGGUCUGGAGGAGGAAAUCAAAGACGGGAUAUACCGUCUCGCCCUGAGACUGCACAGGCUAUACCAGCACCAGAAAGACAGUGCAUCGAAGCAAAAAUGUGAUGGCAGAAAUGAACGAGGAAAUACAAGGGGGAAGAUGCUGUCUGAGGUCAACAUAAACAUUAAAAUGGAAGGCGGAACCACAAUUCAAAUAAAAGAGAUCAAGAAAGAGGCUGGUCGGAACGACCGUUGCACCAGAAUCCCGACGCCUAAACAUGCAAGAAAACAAGAAAGCAUUGCUUUCCAGUCUCCUCGUGGCGUCAGGUUUGAUUGGGCACAGAGUCUUAGAACAGCGUCGAGCCCUUCGCAUAUUAACCGUAAAAUUGAGGAAAAACAUCGACAUAAAGUGAAGGAAAACGAAGGUAGUGGAAAUCUUGGUCCGAGGAGGGGCAAGGAGGAUAUGGGAAUCAAGACUGCGUUAUUACAAUUGGGAUGGAAAUAUUAGGAUCUUCAAGUAUUUUAUGGGUGCCGUACGUAUCCAAUAUGGUGAUGCUCUAACUCAACUAAAGUUUUAUUAAUGAGAAAUUUUAAUUCGAAUCGAGUUGGAUUGGUUUUGAAUAAGUUAUA